AUGGAGACCAUCAGAGCGUCCGCUCUGCGCGCCCCCGCGCUCUCCCCCGCGCCAGCGCAGGAGAUCAGCUCGCGCGCCUUCCGCGCCGCUCAACCCGUCGCCACGCGAGUCACUCGACCUCGCCGCGGCGCCAGAACCGCCGCAUUGCGCGGGCUGGGCGUGCGGUCAGAGAGCGGCGCGGCGGAGACGGAGAGCUCUGCGACGGCGGCGGGCGGCGAGGGGAAGGCGCUGAACCGAUGGAGCUCGCGCAUCACGCAGCCCAAGUCGCAGGGCGCGUCGCAGGCGAUGCUGUACGGCGUGGGGCUCACCGAGGCCGACAUGCACAAGGCGCAGGUGCGCAAGGGGGGGAGUGGGCGGAAGGAGGGGGGAGGAAGGGGUGUGGGGGAGCUUUGGGAGGAUGACAUGGGCGAGGCGCGCGGAGGCAAAGGGAAGGAGGAGGAGAUGCUAGAGGAGAGCGACGAGGUGGGGAUCUCGUCGGUGUGGUACGAGGGCAACACGUGCAACAUGCACCUGCUGGAGCUGGCGGAGGCCGUGAAGGGCGGCGUGACGGACGCGGGGCUGGUGGGGUUCCGGUUCAACACGAUCGGCGUGAGCGACGGCAUCUCCAUGGGCACGGACGGCAUGAGCUACAGCCUGCAGUCGCGCGACCUCAUCGCGGAUAGCAUCGAGACGGUGAUGGCGGCGCAGUGGUACGACGCCAACAUCUCCAUCCCCGGCUGCGAUAAAAACAUGCCCGGCACGGUGAUGGCGAUGGCGAGGCUCAACCGACCAGCCAUCAUGAUCUAUGGCGGCACCAUCAAGCCGGGCCAUUUCGAGGGAGCCACCCUUGACAUCGUCAAUGCCUUCCAGAGCUACGGCGAGUUUGUGGCGGGGAGGAUAACGGAGGAGGAGAGGCAGCAGGUGGUGCGCCACUCGUGUCCGGGGCAGGGCGCGUGUGGCGGCAUGUACACCGCCAACACCAUGGCAUCCGCCAUCGAGGCGCUGGGGCUCACUCUGCCCUACAGCUCGUCCAUCCCAGCGGAGGACCCAUUGAAGCUGGACGAGUGUCGCCUGGCGGGGGCGGCCAUCAAGUGGCUGUUGGAGCUGGACGUGAAGCCAAGGGACAUCAUCACGCGGGAGGCGCUGGAGAACGCCAUCACCACCGUCAUCGCCCUGGGCGGCUCCACCAACGCCGUGCUGCACCUCAUCGCCAUCGCCCGGGCGGUGGGGCUGAACCUGACGUUGGACGACUUCCAGGCCAUCAGCGACCGCGUGCCGUUCAUUGCUGACCUCAAGCCCAGCGGCAAAUACGUCAUGGAGGACGUGCACAAGAUCGGCGGCACGCCAGCAGUGCUCAAGUACCUGCUGGAGAAGGGGCUGCUGCACGGGGACUGCCUCACCGUGACGGGCAAGACCCUGGCGGAGAACCUGGCCUCCGUGCCGCCACUCUCCCCCGGUCAGGACGUCAUUCGCCCAUUGGAGGAGCCCAUCAAGCAGACCGGCCACUUGCAGAUUCUGUACGGCAAUCUGGCACCGGAGGGGUCGGUGGCAAAGAUCACGGGCAAGGAGGGGCUGUACUUCAAAGGCCCGGCGUUGGUGUUUGAGGGCGAGGAGGCCAUGCUGGAGGCGCUCUCCGCCGACCCCAACAGCUUCAAGGGAGCGGUGGUGGUGAUACGGGGAGAGGGCCCCAAGGGAGGGCCGGGCAUGCCGGAGAUGCUCACGCCCACCUCCGCCAUCAUGGGCGCGGGGCUCGGCAAGGAGGUGGCGCUGCUGACGGACGGGCGCUUCUCCGGUGGCUCUCACGGCUUCGUGGUCGGCCACGUCUGCCCCGAGGCACAGGUGGGCGGCCCCAUCGGGCUGGUGCAGAACGGGGAUGUGAUCACCAUCGACGUGGAGAAGAGGACCAUGGACAUGGAUGUCAGCGACGAGGAGCUGCAGCGCCGCCGUGCCAACUGGGUGGCGCCGCCUCUCAAGGCCACCCGCGGCACGCUGUACAAGUACAUCAAGACGGUCAAGUCAGCAUCUGAAGGCUGUGUCACGGAUGAGUAG